AUGAUUCCCAUAACGGCUGCAUUGUUAGUUUCUAUACCAUUCGCUAUGUUUCUUGUAUUAUCAACGUCAGUAGAAUUCAAGGAUAUGGAUGGUAUUCCGUUAAAUCGUGAAUUGAACGGCGAAGUUACAUUAAGUCGAACGAAAAGGCAGUGGGGAAAUUGUGCACCAGGAUGCUUUCCCAGCUGUCAAAGUAAUUUCCAAUGUCAACGCUUUUUUCCACAGUCAUUUUGCAGACAAUCUUGUUGUUGUCCGUUAACUUAUGUUCCAGUUGAUUUGAAAACAGCUUGUGAUGGCGGGCCAGCUGUUGGUGCCUGUACUCCAACAGGUCUCUGUGGGCAAGGAUUCAUGUGUAAUUACCGUGGGUUGUGCUGUCGUUGUCGAUCAGGGAACUCAUCAGGACCUUGUAUCAAUGGCUUCUGUCCAACCGGAUAUUCUUGCAACAAAUUUAACUUCUGUUGUCCAGUAGCAUCUGGUAUUGUAAUUGGCCAGUGUAUUAAUGGACAAUGUCCAGAACGCUCCACAUGUGGACUGGGAAAUCUUUGCUAUGCAAACAUUGAAAGCGGCUGA